GUCUUGCUGACAAGACAAGAAGAAGAACGACAAGCAAAAAGCGAGCAGUGGAUAUGAGCGACACUCACGACCACGACGGCCACCACCAGCGGUGUGGCUGUCAUGAGCAUGCGCCCUCUGGGCUGGAUCAGGACUUGGAUGAGAUGGCCUUUGAACGCAGCAUCGUUGGAGCGGCCAGCCGCAACGAUGCGCAGGCUGCAAAGCGGAUGUUGCAAAAUGGCACGGACCCGUCACAGCGCAGUGCAACCGGCUACACCGCUUUGCACUACUUUGCUCGACAUGGCAACUUGGACGCGUGCCGGAUGCUGGUUGAAUACGGCGCCGACGUGAACGCGUUAACAACCACGGGGAAGGCCACUCCGCUACACCGAGCCGCUCGUUCCAAUAGGUUGGACGUGGUGGCGUACCUUCUUCGUGUUGGCGCCAACCCCGCCCUUGCAGACUCGGACGGUCAAACUGCACUGCACAAGGCUGCGAUUGCGUCUGAGGCGUGUUUCGGUACAGUCGAGGCUGCAUACGUACGUAUGCCGGGCGCAGACAUCAACGCCGUCGAUCGCAAAGGGAGAACAGCACGGGACUUGCUCGACACACCGUGACAUGUCACCCCUUCGCAACGAACACAGCACCUGGAACCUGUGACAUUGCGCACCACCAAUGGCAUCUGUAUCAACACGCAAGGGCCAUUUGGUGCUGCGGCAAUGGUAUGAUGCUGUGCCAUGUGGCACUGCCACCCCCGUGCAUUGUCACAACAUGACAGCACGGCACAUCGUGGCGUGCCUGCUGUGGUUUGUCUCCACCGCCCGCAACAUGAUGUGACGCCGGCGAGUGUCCCUGCCGGCGGCCG